AUGUCGGCGUGCAUCAGCUGCUUCUGCUUGUGCAGAGCCACACCAGUCGUUCACCUAACGCUUCUUCUCCUUUCUCUCUGUUUCUCCAUUUCCUCAUCUUGCUCUAAUGGCAAUUGCCAGGCACUGGAUUCGUGUUCGACGGCCACCGACUGUGCCCCAGGUUUGUACUGCGGUAACUGCCCAGCCUCUGGGAAAACUCAACCAAUCUGCACAAGAGGCCAAGCCACCAUUCCUACUUCUGUUAUCAAUGGAUUGCCUUUCAACAAGUAUACUUGGCUGGUGACACACAAUUCCUUCAGCAUCGUAGAUGCUCCACCUUUGCCAGGCUCCCAAAGGCUCACAUUUUACAAUCAAGAAGACAGUGUUACGAAUCAGCUGAGAAAUGGAGUUAGAGGCCUAAUGCUGGAUAUGUAUGACUUCAACAACGAUAUCUGGCUCUGCCAUUCAUUUCGGGGGCAAUGUUUCAACUUUACUGCCUUUCAACCUGCAAUUGACACACUGAAGGAAGUGGAGGCAUUCCUGAGUCAGAACCCUACAGAGAUCGUUACCAUCAUAAUUGAGGAUUAUGUUCGAACCCCUAAAGGUCUAUCAACUCUGUUUGCUAAUGCUGGUUUGGACAAAUACUGGUUUCCCGUCUCGAAAAUGCCCAAAAAGGGUGAAGAUUGGCCCACUGUGACUGAGAUGGUGCAAGAGAAUCACAGGCUCCUGGUUUUCACUUCUGUUGCCGCAAAAGAAGAAGAAGAAGGAGUAGCAUAUCAAUGGAGAUACAUGGUUGAAAAUGAAUCUGGGGAUCCCGGAGUUAAACAUGGUUCUUGUCCCAACAGGAAGGAGUCAAAGCCUUUGACAUCCAAGAGUUCAUCAUCACUUUUCCUGAUGAAUUACUUCCCCACUUAUCCGGUUGAGCGAGAUGCUUGUAAGGAGCACUCAGCUCCGCUCGCUGAGAUGGUCGGAACCUGUCUGAAGGCAGCUGGGAAUAGAAUGCCAAACUUUCUAGCCGUUAACUUCUACAUGAGAAGUGAUGGUGGGGGUGUUUUUGAGGUUUUGGAUAGAAUGAAUGGGCCGGUAUUAUGUGGAUGUAGCACAAUUUCUGCUUGCCAGCCUGGAGCAGCGUUUGGUUCUUGCAGAAAUGUUGCUCUCCCGACCAGAAGUCCAGCAACUGUCGGCUCAUCCGGAAGCUUCACCGGGUCAGUCCAGUUCUCAAAAUCCCAAUCACAUAUCCAUUCUCCAAGUGGCAUUAUCCUCUCCUUGCCAUGGCUCCCAUUGAUGAUAUCUAUGGUGCUAUGCCACAAAUUGUCUGCAAUUCUUUAGGUUAGAAUGUUAGUCACUUCCACUUGGAGAUAUUAUGCUUGGGGUUGAUUUAUGGGUUUCCGGUUUUAAAGUUUCUACCUUUGGGCUCAUUCCUCCAGUAUUUGGCAAAAGAUGCAGCCAUUUCCUUCUUCAUAAGUUGUUUGAGUGUUUUCAAAUAUGAAUUCGCUCCUUUUGUGGCUUA